AUGAAUUCAAACCAUUUAAUGGCGUAUAAUUCUAUGACAAUUCUACCAGAAUCAUCAUAUCAUUUUGAUGUUGAAACAAUGAAACAUUAUAAUAAUUCCAACAUUACUACUACUACUAAUAAUAAUAAUAAUAAUAAUAACAAUAAUAACAAAAUAUCCGAUUCUUAUUCCUUAUUUUCAACAAAUUUUCUACGAACAAAUAAAAACUCAUUUCAAAAUAAUAAUCACAAUAAUAAUAAUAAUAAUAAUAAUAAUAAUAAUAAUAAUGUCACAUUUAACUAUGAUAAUCAAACAGAACAAUUUACAAAUUUUGACACAUUCACAUCAGAUAAACUAUUCACGAAUAAUACUUGUAGAAAGAAUAAUUUUUUAAAAAAUCUUCCAAUUCAUCAAUCUGUAGUUAAUUUAAAUAGUUUGAAAUUGAUAAAUCAUGAUAAAGUAAUGAAUGAUAAACAGAUAGAUGAGAAAAGAACACUGUUAUCUAAUUCAAAUGAUAUCAAUGCACCAAAAGAUUUACGAAUUCGUAAACAAUCACGUUCAAAUACCAAUCCUAUACGUUACAACAAGCAUAAAUUAAAACAAUCUUAUCUGAGAAAAGAGAAUAUAAAAAAUACUAGCAGAUUUUCAGAUAAUUUAAUUACCAUGCAUAACAGUCUGUAUGCUAACAUGAAUAGUCAUGUUUCAAAUUGUAAGAUUCCUUCUGACAUUCAUGGUGGAAAUAAUUUUGAUAAUAAAAACUUUAAUUUCUCAAAUUCAUUACCAACUAAUAAUAAUCAUUUAUUGAAUUCAUCAUACAACUCAUUAUUUCCCAAUUCUUAUAUUGGAUUACAACAAUAUCCCAUGUUCACAUUUAACAAUGGUACUGUGGGAACUACAUCAUCAGAUAAUCAUCUUCUGAUCAGUUCACCUAAUUUACAAAGUGAUCAUUUUAAUCAAAUUCUUUCUCAAACACAAAUUUCAUCACAAUUUCAUCAAUAUUGGCUUCAAAUGAUCAAUACACCUACAUUGCCGUCAGCAGUUUCAUCGACGACUGCGUCAUCGGCGACAACAGCAACUACGCAUUUUGAUAUGCCAUCAUUAACAUCAACCACAACUUUACCAUCACAACAACUGCCUUCAUUACCAAUGACACAAAAUUUGAAUACAUCAAAACUUUCACCAUUCAAUUUUAUGCCAAAUGAAUUACAAACAUUGAGUUCAUUAUUUUAUCAAGCUAUUAAACAAUUACAAAUUAAUAAUCAUAAUUUACCUGUAAAUAUUAAUUCAUUAGAUCAAAGCAAUCUUAAUAAUAUGUAUACAACAAUGAUAAAUGAAAAUCUAACAUCAAUAAAUCAGAAACAAUCAAGAAUUCAACUUGGCGAUAUUAAAGACAAUGAAAUGAACAAUUUCCUUGAAAGUAAAUUUAACGAAUCUAAUUGUUUUACAUCAUUAAAACAUCUGAAUCAUACUACAUUGAAUAUUGAUCACGCGCAUAGAAUGAAUAGAAAUCAUGAUACUAGUGUCACUGAUUCACAAACGUUUAUCAAUCAAUCAAAAUUGAAAAAUAAAUCAUUAAAAUCACAUAAAUUAUCACAAUCAACGCAGAAUAAUUUCAAUUCACAAGUUAUUGAACACAAUGAUAAUCAUCAGAAAAAGAAGUACACUAAAACAAAGGAAGAUGUGGAUAGUGCAGAUGAUGUUGAAAUGAAUGGAGAAAAUCAACUUGAAGUUAAUGAAUUAGACGGCUGUGAGGACGAUGACAACGAUGACGAUGAUGAUGAUGAUGAUGAAGAAGAAGAUGAUGUUGACGAUGUUGAUGAAGGCGAAAUUAUAUUAGAUUCUAAACAUCAUCCUGAAAAUAUUCCAAUGAAUAUUUUCAAGUGUAAUUUAUGUAACAAGUAUUUUGCUACUGCACAUGGUUUAGAAGUACAUGUUAGAAGAUCACACAAUAAUGGUAAACGUCCAUUUGAAUGUCAAUUAUGUCAAAAAACAUUUGGUCAUGCUACCAGUUUAUAUCAGCAUGAAAGUGUACAUUGUCAAGAUAGACAAUUUCAAUGUGCUCAAUGUGGCAAAACAUUUAAACGUUCAUCUACUUUGAGUACACAUUUAUUGAUACAUAGUGAUACACGUCCUUAUCCAUGUCAAUAUUGUGGUAAACGUUUUCAUCAAAAAUCUGAUAUGAAAAAGCAUACAUAUACACAUACUGGUGAAAAACCUUAUAUUUGUUUACAAUGUGGUAAAGCAUUCAGCCAAUCGUCAAAUUUAAUCACACAUUCACGUAAACACACUGGUUUCAAACCAUUCUCUUGUUUUCAUUGUUUACGUGCAUUUCAACGUAAAGUGGACUUAAGACGUCAUAUUGAAACACAACAUGGUACAAUGAACCUGGGCAAAAAAGAGUAUACCACAGAAUCAAUGGAAACAUCUCAUCUACCAAUGAAUAUGCUGACAAAUGAUCAUCCAACAAAAUCAUAUCAUUUACAUCAUGACAAUAAACUAACACUGAAUUCCUCAUCCUCCUCAUCGUUAUCACCUUUACCAAGUAUUCUUUCAAGUCCGACUACAACAAUUAGUCUACAAAAUCAUUCUUAUUCACCUGAUACAAUGGAUUCGCUGCGUAGUGUUGCUGGUUUAAAUUUAUCUACUACAAUAAACACUAAUCAGACGAGUACCAACGCUGGUCAUAUCACUAAUAAUAAUAAUAAUGAUUGUGAUACAGUAAAUCCGAAAAAUGACCAUUUAUCUAGUCCAAACAAUCUACACAGUAACAAUGAUGAAAAAAUUCUACCUUAUUCCGUACAGAAUUUACUUAGUUCACUAACCUAGAUUAAUUUAAAGCAACAAUCCAAUCAGUACAGAAUAACACUCAUUACAAUUAUCCAAUCAUAUUAGUCUGUCAUUUAUUCUUGUAGAAGAAAACAAAAAAACCCGCACAUUUUGAUCAGCUGCACCAUCACCAUGAUCAUCAUCAUCAUCAUCAUCACGAUCACAAUCGUCAUGUUGUUGUAAUA